AUGGCGGGCCGGCGGGCGCCCUGGGAGGGCGCGGCCUGGCCCCGCACGACUCGGCGGCGGCGGCGGCGGCGGCUCGGGCGGCGGCGGGUACUCAGGAGGCGGCGCGGUUCGGGGAGGGCGCCGACCACAUCCCCCGGCGGCGGUGGCAGCGGCGGCGGCUGUAGCUGCGCGGCUCCUACUCCGCUCCUGCUACUGCAGCUGCUCCCCAGCGGAAAGGGGCGGGCGGCGGCGGCGGCGGCGCCUCCCCCUGUCCCCCGCCUCCCGCCUCCCGCGCCCAGUCCCUCUCCCGCUCCCUCUCCCGGGCCGCCGCCUCCUCAGCGCCGCGCGCGUCUCCCAUCAGACUCCCCGCCCCCAGUGCAGCGCCGCGCGGGCGGUCGGGCGGCUGCGGCCAAAACUAGGCCGGGCCCUUCGGAGCGCGUCGGAGCCUGCGCGGUACCGAGCCCAUUUAGCUGUGGCACCGAGGCAGAGUGCUACCUCUGCGCGAGAGGGCGCCUGAGGCUGGGGCACACGAAGGCUGGGCAGGCUCGCAGCCGAAAUGGGGUCGGGUUGUUUCCGGACCUGGGAAGCACCGGCGAGGCUUGCGGAGCUGUCAUUCUGUAUCCCUAUUGGGCUUGCAACCCGAGGACCUUAAUGGUUUCUUACCUCUCAGGUGACUGAUUUUUAUCCAGAGUAAAGCGUACGCAGUAACCCCGUGGAGAAGUACUAUGUGAUAGAGGACAAGGAGAAACAAGCAUCUGUUGCUACUCGCCCCAUUUUGCUGAUGUGGAAACUAAGCCUUGAGCACCAGGAGUUUGAUGGAAUGCACCCAAGGUCGAAAUUGUUAUAAAGGGACGAAAAUAAGGAAAAGGCAAAAAAUUCUCCAGGUCUCUCAAUUCAGAGACAUAUUGGAUCUUAACGAAACUUUACACAGAAUAGUCCACACACACAAAUGAGUAUUAAUUCAUCAUAUUAAAACAUAUGUAUACCGCAGGCAUACUAAGUUCCAGUAAUUUACAAGCACUGGGAAAAACAGAUGAGCAAAAGUGCCGAAGUUCCUGCUCUCUUAAAAUUCCUUGUUGUUCCGUGAAUACGCUAGGCAGUAUCAGCAAGAGUAAGUGCUGUUACCGUCUUCAAGAACUACAACCCCAAGAGGCUGAGAAAGUGUGAUAUGAGAACAGUUAAAAUGUGGCAGGAAUAAAACUAUAGAUCAUGCUUAAUAUUAAGAGAACCACUUACGAGGCACUAUUUUAAACCUUUUCGUGUUUCCUUUCAUCCUGUCAAAGAAUGUCUUAAAGACAGAAUCAGUUGGGGGAAGGGGAGGGGGGAAGCUUAUUUGCAAAGGUGCAAGGGGGACUAGAAGGCCUGACUGCCAAAUGAAAGACAGCAAGUUUUAAAGAUUACUCAAAAGCUAAGGGGGGCGGAAACAGUGCAGAAGUAAGCUGACUUCAGGUGCAUUGAAAGGGAAUCUAAGCAAAGAAGUCAAGAUGGGAACCCAGGGACCACCAAAGGAAAGGCCAAAGAGGAAUUCCCAGUUGGUGUGUUUCAAUUCUCUAGGUCUGUUACCAGGGAUGAAUCAUUUCUCUAAGCCUCUUUCUCCUGCUCUGUGAAAAACAGGUGAUAAGGAUGACCAGGAAGAGCUGUUGUCAAGACUAGACACUAUAUGAAAGCAGGACAGCAGGGGCUUCCGGGUGGCGCUAGUGGUAAAAAACCCACCUGCCAAUGUAGGAGACCUGGGUUCCAUCCCUGGGUCAGGAAGAUGCCAUGGGGAAGGGAACGGCAACCCACUCCAGUAUUCUUCCCUGGAGAAUUCCACGGACAGAGGAGCCUGGUGAGCUACAGUCCAUGGGGUUGCAAAGAGUCGGACAUGACUAAGUGACUAAUAUGUCAUUUUCAGUAGGACAAUAAGGACUCAGGUAAAAUCGGAUCACCAGCUGAGCCAGCCAGAAAUGCUUCCCAGUGGUCUAGUAUUGCAUAAUUGGCCGUGUGAAUUUCAGUGUUUCCAGCUUCAAAUGGAGGACUUGGUGCUGGUCACUCACCUAGGGAAAAUAUGGAACUAAUGCUCUUUCUGGAUAUUAAUAAAGCCCAACUCAUUGUUCACAUGAUUUCAGGUUUUGGGGGGGUAAAAGAAAUUUAGAUGUGUGUAUGUGUAUAACUGCGCAGAGGAGUCCUUUAUUAAAAUUUUUUUUAAUU